AUGUCGAAAGAAAUACCCGAAACCGUUAACCAGCAAGAUUCCAUUUCUAAAAAUUCAGAGCUCGAAACGGGAGAAAAAUCCACCAUUUCUCAAUCGUCGGAAAAGUUCUCGAAAUCAUUCGAAUUAAAUUACCCCAACGGGGAGCUGGACACAUUCCCGAUGAAAGAUCUAGAACCAACCUCCCUAGACGAACUACUCAACCGCGAGCUAAACGAACAACCUUUGUCGUUCGGUAAAUUCGGCUUUGAAACGGAGCAACGCAGCAACGGAGACAUCGACAAAGCAAAGGAGGUGACAAUCGAGGAACCCAUCGUCUCAUUUGUGAACUCAGAUCCACCGUUCAAGAAGAACCGUCGCAUCCAGGUGCCUUCCAAUGAUAUCACCAAAGGCAUCUCAAGUAUUGAGCCGUCGCCGAAAAAGCCAAUCAAAAAAAGAUUGCACGAUCCAACGCCACAGAAGAUUGGCGUCCUGGUUGGUGUUCCAUGUCGCCGUAGGCCUUCGAAAGGUGGAAGCGAUGAAAAUCAACAGCAGGACCUGCUCAAGCAUUUCACGCUGGUUUUCCUAUUCUCCCGAUUGAAAAACCCCAUGAAAUGGGACGUGGCCACAUUUGAAGAGAUCCAAGCAUUAGGAAAUUCCAUUGAUUCUACGAUGGUUAAUACGAAGUUUUGCGUUCAGUACAAAGAUCUUGAUCAUUCUAUAACUUUGACGAGCACCUUGGCCAAGGGGCGAAUAAACUCCACGGAUGCUCCACCGCCAACACUCAAGAGUGCGCUAAUUGAGCACGUGUCCAGCUACAGCGGAUUGGUGCUGAAGUGCGAAUCACACUAUAUGAUGCUGUGGAGGAUUACCGAAGGCUACUACCUGUACGAUCCCUGCUUGAAUGACGUAUCGCAGUUGAUUUUCUUCAAUAGUCUGAAAUUGCUGAUGAAGUUUAUUUUGGAGAAGAAACAGUUGAACGACCGGUCCAAGUUUUACAUGGCCAAGAUUUCGUGGCACGCUGUUGACGAUGGACUGGUUAUGACUCUGAAGAGGAUGUCUCGUAUUGCCAAAAAAUUUAAGAUAUUGAACUCGAAAGAAGCAUUGCUAAUGGGGGAUCGAUAUAUCAAGGAUGCAGGAUUCAAACUAGAAUCUCUGCGAGUGUCGCUAAAUGCGAUCUAUUUGGCUCAACAGUUAGAAGCGAGAUCGUGGGAUGCUAGCAACUUGAACGGAUUGUUCAAUGGACUAAUGAGCGACAAGGAGAUUAACAAGCUGGGAGUGUUUCUCAUCGAGGAAGGAGAGGAGGAGAGCUUUCUUCUGGAGAAAGGUAGAUUGAUUAGGUUGAGCGUUUCUUUCCACUAUACGCAACGAGAAGACUUUGAAUGGCUGGUUAAUCGCCUGAUUACUAUUCGGGUCGCUCUCAUCAUCAGGGUAAACGAAUCCUAUUUCUCAGUUUGGAGCAGCGGAAACAUUCUGUACUGGUUCUCACCCUUCCGUUACGACGCCUUGAAGCUGGACCCCGUGGAAUUAGAGGACAAAGCGUCUUUCAUGUAUGCAUUCAAUACGCUGGAUCGGCUAUCCACCGUUAUGUUCGAAUAUCUUACCGAAAUCGGUCUACUUCCGAAGCAUUGCAUCCGCAUGUUUACCGUCGACGGGGAACCGUUUGGAAAGGCACCCCGGCUACCGUUGGUGGACAGUAAAGAUUCACUGAAUCGCAGCGAACUCGAGAUUCAAGUAUCGGAAGGCACGAAGAACAAAGAGUACAUACAGAUUGGCGAUCUACCUCCGAUGACCCUGUCCGAGGCCAAGCUGUGCCGAAUCAUGGUACGAGAUAUUAUGGGCAAUGCCGAGACAAAGUAUGAUGAAUAGUUUGUUUUCUA